CUGUUCAGACAUAGGCACCGUAUAACGUUCAACGGAUCCGUCAUUACUGGAUGCGAUGUGUGAACAGAAAACUCGCAGUAUACCGCCGCUAUUCUACAAGGAUGGACGCUGUCGUGUUGUAUUGGUACUAUCGUCGGAGAAGGAAGAUUCGACGUUAUUGGCAGCAUCCACUUAUGGCCCAAAGAUCUACAGAGGGUGCUUACAGUUUACUUAUGAGUCAGUUACGAGGUGAUGAAUCGAAAUUUUUCAAUUACUUUCGUAUGUCAAUGUCUACUUUUGAUGAACUUCUUAAACUAUUGGAAAAGGAUUUAAAAAAGCAAGAUACUCGUUGGAGGAAAAGUAUCUGCCUAGAAGAAAAACUAGCGAUAUUUUUAAGUCACACUAUCAUCUUCGUUUGUAGGUUCAUUCGAUGUCGUGGCGUCAUCUUCGGUGUGUUCUUCAGUUUGUUUAGCAGAGACGCUUUCGUAUGCAGCAUCCGGGUGUUCAUUUAAAGAUCUUCAUUACACCUAUCGCGUUAGUGUAUCGACUGUUAGCAACAUUAUUAAAGAAGUUUCAAGAUGCAUAUGGAAAAUUUAUGCGACUUCCUACAUCAGUCGACGAAUGGGAACAGAUAGCAAGUGGAUUUAACAAAAAAGCUAAUUUUCCCCACUGUCUCGGAGCUGUCGACGGAAAACAUAUCCGACUUAAAAAACCACUAAAUAGCGGUUCACUGUAUAUCAAUUACAAGGAUUUUUUUCCAUCAUAUUAUUAGCGAUCGUAGACUCCGACUAUCGCUCUGUAUACGUCAUUGUCGGAUCUUAUGGAAAAGAAUGCGAUUCAUCAAUAUUCAAGGAGACAACAUUUUGGAAAAUGAUGCUAGACGGCAGUCUUCAAAUACCUGCACCAUGCCCAUUAACAAGAGACUCAGAAACACUGAGUUCCUUAUGUGGUCAUUGGAGACAAUGGUUCCAGAUUACACGAAAAUUUACUAAGGCCGUUUGGCGGGGCGCAUCUGGACAAAAAUAAGCGAAUAUUCAACUAUCGUUUGACUAGAGCUAGGAGAUACGUUGAAUGUGCCUUCGGUAUCUUAGCUAAUAAGUGGAGAAUAUUCCAUCGGCCUCUAGACAUCGAUAAAACAACAGCUGUAUGGACUGUUAAGGCAUGUACUAUUACUACUACACAACUUUAUAAGGGACAAAGAGGGCUCAAACAGUGAUAUUAACGUAUCUCAAGAAUUUAGUUACGAAAACUUACCCCAUGAAGUAAGAACACGAGGUGGUAAUACUGCCAAUUUAAGUCGAACAGAAUUCGUGAACUAUUUCAUGUCCGAAGCUGGAUCAGUUCCAUGACAGGAUGAAGCUAUUUAGAAU